AAAAAGGGUAUUUAACCUUUCCCAACCACAUCUCUGUAUGAAAUUCCCAAUGCCUCAGGGAAUAGGAGUGCUCAAGGGAAACCAGAAAAUGGCUAGAGUGUGCUAUCAGGAUACAUUCAAGAAAGUUGAGCUUGUUGCGGUGCCAAAGGCCGCUUCCUUUCAAGUUCCCAGGUCGAGCCAGACAGCCUUACAGACGAUAAGCAUAUCCAACAUAGAUCACCAACCUGAGAAUGUGGAGCAGAAGGCUGAGCCAGUAGAACCAAUGGAGACAGUGUCCAACCCUAUGCUCGUCAAAAGAUCUAACAGCAAGUGGAGCAUGUGCAUUAACUUUACAAACUUGAAUGAAGCAUGUGGCAAAGACCCACACCCCUUACCUAAUGUGAGGAAGUUAGUAGAGCGUGCAACGUGUUACGGGCACAUGAGCUUCUUAGAUGCCAGCUCAGGAUGUCAUCAAGUUCAAUUGUGGUUGGACAACCAGGAGAAAACAGCAUUCUAUGCAGGUGAUGCCAUAUACUGCUACAUUAUGAUGUCGUUUGGAUUGAAGAAUGUCGGGGCCACAUAUCAAAAGCAAAUUUUUGGGCUAUGUGGUGCCAAGAAAAGAAUUGAGGUGAACCUGGACAAAUUUCAGGUCGUCCAACAAAUGGAACCUCUAAAUACAAUAAAAGAUGUGCAACGUCUAACUGGCCGCCUCGCUGCUUUGCACAUAUUCAUCGCCAAGUCGGCAAAAAGAUGUCUUCCAUUUUUUAAAGCUUUGAGAGAACCCAAAAACUUUCAAUGGACUGAUAAAUGCCAGUGGGCUUUUAACGAGCUUAAACAAUACUUGGCAUCGCCACCCUUACUCUCUAAACCUGUUGAGGGAGAGAAGUUAUAUCUGUACCUAGGAAUCACACAUGAAGUAAUUGAUAAGAUACCAAGGGCAGACAACAAGCGGGCUGAUAAACUAUCAAAGUUAGCUUCGUCACAAGAUAUCAAUCAUCAAAGCACAACAUUCAUUGAGAUUCUUGAUGCACCAAGCUAUGCUGACCCUACAGCUGAAUGCCAGGUGUUGAGCACAAAUCCCUCAUCGGUGAAUUGGGCCACACUUUUGAUUAACUAUUUACAAGAUGAUGAAUUGCCUGAGGAUCCAUCUGAUGCUCAAUUAAUCAGAUGCAAGGUGACACAUUUCAUCUUGAUUGACGAUCAGUUAUAUAAACGAGCAACUUCAAUGCCCUUACUAUGUUGCCUUACUCCUUAUGAAGCUGAAUAUGCAAUAAGAGAAGUUCAUGAAAGAGGAGUUGAUCUGUUCGGUCCCUUUGUUAAAGGCAAAGAAGGCUGCAGACAUCUCAUUAUUGCUAUGGAUUACUUCACUAAGUGAAUAGAAACCAAACCGUUGUCCACAACAAUUGAAAAGAAGAUAGAGGAGUUCCUAUUCAAUUCCAUAUUGUGUAGGUACUCUUCAAUGGCUCAAACCAUGUAUGUAUUACCUACACACAUUUGUGUUUUAGCCAAUGCGUUUGUAUGUAGGUUUGGUAUUCCUAAGCGAAUCACUGCUAAUAAUGGUCCUCAGUUUUG